UUAUUAACUCACCUACAUCCUCUAGAAAAUUGUCCAUAAACAUUUCAUUUACUAGAAAUUAAGCACAGGAAUAACAGAAGUUCAUAAGAAAUGGGAGCUAGGAUAUUAAUCUAUUGUUAAGCUUUGUUUCUUUGCUUUUCUUUUUUACUUUUAAUACAGAAUAUAUCUUUUAACAUCUUCAUCAGUUUUCUUGAUUUCUUCAAGGUGGGUGGAGGGGUUCAUGAAACAAGAGCGAAGAAGACAAUCUCUUCUUGAUUCUCUAUGGUCGCUUUAUUGGCACAGCGAACUUUAGAGCUAACCCAACUCGUUUAGAAGCACCCGCAACGGGAAAAAGAUAAACCCCAUCAUCAUUCCAAAGCAAAAGCGAAAGCAAAAAGGAGAAAAAAAGGAAAAAUAGAGAGAGAGAGAGGGAAAAAAAAAAAAAAAGGAAUCUGAGGAGGUAAAGAGGGGAAGUCGAGAAAGAAGAAAUUUUAGGGUUUCUGCUCUGCGGGCGAGAAUCUGAUAGAUCCACACGAUGCAAACGCAGCAGAAGGCGUUAGAGCCGCAGCAAUCUCUGCAGGUGCCCACCUCCGGAAGCCUCAGCUUCAACAGCAACCUGUCGAGGGAAGAUGAGGAGGUUUCCAGGUCCGCCCUUUCUACUUUCCGAGCGAAGGAAGAAGAGAUCGAAAAGAAGAAGAUUGAGGUUAGGGACAAAGUUCAUGCGCAGCUCGGUCGCGUUGAAGAAGAAACCAAGCGCUUGGCCUUGAUUCGGGAGGAGCUUGAAGCACUGGCGGAUCCCAUGAAGAAGGAAGUUGCGCUGGUUCGUAAGAAGAUCGAUUCAGUUAACCGAGAGUUGAAGCCCCUGGGGCAAAGCUGCCAGAAAAAGGAAAGGGAAUACAAGGAAGCACUCGAAGCAUUCAACGACAAGAACAGGGAAAAAGUACAGCUAAUUAACAAAUUAAUGGAGCUGGUGAGCGAAAGCGAGAGAUUGAGGAUGAGGAAGCUGGAGGAGCUGAGUAAGAGCAUUGAUUCGAUGCACCAAAAUAACCUCAUGAUGAUAACCAAUUAAUUUAAUUUUAAUUAGGUUAAUCUGUGUGAUGUAUUUAACUAGAGAGUGACUUAAUUUUCUAUUUAUCUCCAUAUAUACAAAUGGGUGUUUUAUUAGGGUUUGCUGUAUUUUAUGAUUAUCAUCCCUUGUCCGUUACGUUUGCUGAUUUAGGUUGGAAAAUAACCGUCUCAGAAAAUGCCUGUUAUUUGUCUGCACUCUAA